AUGUGGAUGUGGCUACACUACUGCAUAUCAGUAUUUGAUCAAACUAUAAUAUAUUUUUCUUUUUACAACGGUGAUGCAGAAGGGUUAGCGUUGGAGUUGGAAAUAAGUAGGACUUUGUAUGGAUUAUUCUCUUCCUUCCCUGCAUUAGAAGAAGGUCAUCAAUGCCCUUUUGCCUCCAAAGUUUCCAAGCUAACUGAACUCACGUCCCUCAGCUCUCUCUCACAGCGGAAUCACCAUCACCACCCAACAAACCCAAGUGGGGGAAUUUCGAUUACUGUUCUUGGAGGGGAGCUCCGGCCACAGGUGCGCGAAGGCGACAUGGUCCUGGUUGACGGUUCGGAAGCUUUGGUGAUUCUAAUUGAGAAAGAGGUCAAUAACAACAAGUGUCAAAGAUGUCCGGUCUCAGAAAAAGUGAACAGCCAUGCUCUCCGUCAUCGAAUACUGCACACCAUGCUGCAUAUUUUUUUGUUUUAACAUCUAUGCUUGACGACUUACCUGCUCAAACACCGUUUUUUCAGUGUUUUGCUAAUUGCUAAGUGAGGUAUGUAGGCUGCAGGGCAUAUAUUUUGCGGUCUUAACUGCAGGGGCAAAAUAUGUGUAAAUUGCAACUUGCUUCUGUUUCUUCAGUUUUGUAUGGAAACAGACCACCUACUUAUUUUUGCGUUUGAACAGUUGUGGUUACAAAAUUAGCUACUUGAACAAGUCCUCAACACUUUCUGUUUUCAAUUACCAGUUGAAAUGACUGCCUACACUGCAGGACACAUAUUAGAUGUGUGAACUACAUGUUUGUUCUGUUUCUAAAGGAAACAGAACUUUUUGGGUAACCAUCUCUUUCUAAUCAAAGACGUUCAGUUUCUUCCUA